UAGAGAGUUGGACAAGACAUCCUCUUCAUUCUUUACACAGAUUUUGAGGAUUGAGGUGUUUUUUGUGUUCUUUAACAGUGCUUUCAAUUUGGAUUGCGAAGCAUCUUUUGAACUAAGAAAACUAGAGGCAACCCAGGAAGAAGAAUACAGGACCAGGAAUGACAGUAAGCCUCAGAUUUACUGUAGAGUAAAGGAAGAGGAACAAAAUGAUAUACAAAGAAGUUCAUAGAUUUUCUUCAGGCUUCAUGCUGUAGGCUAUGGGAGGACUAUGGUAACAAACGAGUCAUAGAAACUCACUCAUACGACCACACAUUAUCAUUGACUCAGUGAAUAAGGUAAACCGUUUAAUAGUCACUGUGCUCUCUGCCACACAAAAUUAAUAUUGUAAAGACGUAGGUGAUAUAUAGAUAUACAUACAUUCACACAGGGACAAAUACAUAGACUUAAAGAACAUAAAGAACCAACACCCACACAAAUUCCCAGAGGCAGCCAUGAGGGUUGUAUUGGUGCUAGGAGGCCUAACUAUCCUGGUCUCUAUGGGCCUGGCCCUGAUCGUCUUUGGCCAGCCCCUGACAGAAGCCAAGCUGACCCUGCAGAACCUGCAUCUGGAUCAGAUGCAGAGGGCGCGCGUCAACCAACUCAAGGAGAAGCAGUGGCUGGAAAACUUGCUGAAGGGGCAGUUAGACUCGAAGAAGAAGAAUGUGGAGGAGAUGGAGGCAGAGGUGAAGAAACUGACCGAAGAGGAGGGGAAGAAGAAGACUGAGGUCGAGGCCUGCCAGGCAGACAAGAAACAAAAGGAGGAAGUACUUGCACCCAUACAGAAGGAGCAGAGUGAUAUUGAAGCGACGUUCAAAACUGAAAAGGAGGCAUGGACUGGGGAGAUCACCACACUCAAACAGCAGUUGGAGCAGAGGAGCAAAGUGUGUGGUUUUGUGAAGGACUCAACAGAUACAGCGAAAUUAUGUCCACCCAAAGAAGGAGCAGCAAAAGCUGAAGCGGCCCCUGUAAAAGCUGAAGCGGCCCCUGUAAAAGCUGAAGCGGCCCCUGUAAAAGCUGAAGCGGCCCCUGUAAAAGCUGAAGCGGCCCCUGUAAAAGCUGAAGCAGCCCCUGUAAAAGCUGAAGCUGCCCCUGUAAAAGCUGAAGCGGCCCCUGUAAAAGCUGAAGCUGCCCCCUUAAAAGCUGAAGCGGCCCCUGUAAAAGCUGAAGCGGCCCCUGUAAAAGCUGAAGCGGUCCCUGUAAAAGCUGAAGUGGCCCCUGUAAAAGCUGAAUAGGCCGCUGUACAAGGUGAACCUGCAUCUGUAAAAGUUGAAGCAGCCGCUGUUUAAAGCUGAAGAGGUCACUGCACAAGCUGAAGCCGACCCUGCUCCAAAGCACUAAAUGGCUAAAAUUUCUCUCAGAAUAACAUUAAUGGUGUGUAGUCUUUCAUUCAUGAUGCACAGUCAUAUUUAUGUUGUUUGUUUGUGGGUAAUCUUGGCAACCCAGAAACGAAAAUCUCAUUUUUUAAAAACACAAUUGAUGUCAUUUAGUCUGUCCACAAGAGAUUAGGUUGUGGGCAUUGUCAAUGUGUCAUUUUGGCACACUUCUAGAAGCCUAAGAAACAUUUCCAAACUGGCAGUAACUACAGUGCAAAAGAGACCGAAAUUACAUUUUUAUUUAUUUUAUUUCACCUUUAUUUAACCAGAUAAGCUAGUUGAGAACAAGUUCUCAUUUGCAACUGCGACCUGGCCAAGAUAAAGCAUAGCAGUUCGACACAUAUCAAACCACUCAACCAAAUGUAAGGUUUCAGAUGAGCUGUCAUUCCAAUUUGUCCCUUACACAUGAUAAAUUAAUGAUAUACUAUAACCAACCGCAUUGGACUUAAAUUGGUACAUUAUUCUCACUCACGGAUGCAACAAAUAGAGCCUCUUACAAGGCACGCCUCAAAAUAUGUUAAUGAGACAGAAACAACAAUUCCAUGCACCCAUUAGUGGUCAAAAGUUUUUGGCGGACCAAAGAUACGGUGACAUUAUGCAUUACAAUAGUAAUUAUAUUUAUGUUGUAAACUGCUGUUUUUUAAUACUGUAGAUAUGGAUAACAUGGGUUAGGCCUAUCAAAACAUGCACCACCUACACACGCAGCAGCGAGAAUUGCAUUUCAUCUAAAUAUACAUUUUCAAUCAUUUACCACCCGUUAGAGCGGGGUACCACCAGUAUAAUAUACUGUAGGCUAUUUCACAGAACAGACCUAGUGGAUACUAAAUAGGGUGCCAUUCAAUGCAACAUCUUUUUUUUUCUUCUACAGGGCAGGAUUAGAUUUUCGUCACCUGCGAUAGGCAUUGUCAUUUUCAGAAUGCGGUUGGUUCGCUCCUGCUCAUUAACCUUACAGCAGGGUAGUAAUGUCAUUAUGACUCACAGACAUUCUUCAAGGGAUAAUCCACCCAGGACCACUAAUUAUUAUGAUUAACAGUGUUAAACAGUGUUUAAAAAAAACCACUAAUAGGAUAUGUGAAAAUGUUUUUUUGUGAACAAAUGUUUCACGUUGUCAUUAUAACGUGGUUGGUAGCAACAUAUGAAAAUCGCUGCAAAACCCACAAUGCAAUGCUAUCGCUGGACUCGCUAGCUAGCUAAGUUGCUAGCUAGCAAACGAAGCUACACACAAUACUACCAAAGCCAAUAUCAGCAUGUGAAGUAUCACAGGGCGCAUUACGACAUGGUACUUAAUUAAAGAAGAAACUGAUGAAUAAUUUGGUACACUGUUUAGAUUGAGCACAUCUAAGCGAAAUAUACGUUGUCAUGACGAUAUACACGGUUGGAUGUGAUCUAGACAAGUGUGCCCAUACCAUCUUUUGGCUGAUUUGGCGAUCUGGAGUGCAGUUAAUUGUUUUAAAACCGGUAUGAAAUGUGAUAGUGUGUUAUCUCCAGUGACAGAACCAUUUAUGACGCGUUCCUUUAUGAUUUCCUGACUUCACAGACUGAUCACUUAGAAGUUAAAUCAUGGAGAAUUGUUAUAUUUUCCCCACUGAUAGGACAUAGGCUUUCACCAAAUUGACAGGGAUUUCAUAAUUUUUAUUUCUGGGGUGGAUGAACCCAUUACGAAUAGCUCACACUAAAUUGUAAUGAAACAGACAGGAAGCAUGUCUUCCUCAACCUUCUGCCCCGAAGCCCAGCAAGCCAUCUACUAUGCCACACAAAACAUGCUCAAGUGGCAAUGUUGAUAUCCACCCUUAUAAACCAGGGUUGUUACCAUAUGAAAAGAGGGCAAAAUGACAUACCUUACUGACUUAUUGCUGUAACCAUGUGGCCUAUGUAAAUACAUAGACCAAAUGGCAGGAUAGAAUACCCAAUGGAAUAUUGAAGAACACUGGUUUGGAAUAAGAAGAUGUGUAUUUGCAGUGGAGAAUCAGUCAUGAUUUACCUCCUUGUUGCUGCUACUUGUUUCACUGUUUCAUAAAAUGUAAAGUUCUGAGAGUGUAUAAACAGCAUAUAGUUUAUAUCAGUACAAUACUUGGACUUGAUUGGGGUUGAUAGUCAAUAGGCUCGGUGCUGUAGGUUAUGUAUUAAACUAAUAAUGUAGUGAUUGAAGCAAGACUGGAUGUACAAGGAUCGAGGACCCUGAUACUCUGUAUGUUAUUGUAUUGAUGACCUUUUGAACACUGUCAUUCUGUAGCAGCUUGCAAAGUCACUGUCUUUUGUUGUAACUCCGUACAAACCUCCCAGGCUGAUGUUGCCGGAACAUUGGUGCUGUGAGACUGGAAUAUUAGGGCCUACUUGGAGAAGGCGAGUUAGACAUUUUUCUUGGCUUCUGUGUGAGAGGUGUCUCCCUGUUUUCAAACUUGUAUUGAACCGAAGUGAUUUAUGAUUGACUAUAUCCAUGACUGCUCUGCUCUUUUGUUCACCUGAAAUCCUCUCUUACACCUUAGCCACUUGAUUAGACCCAUCCUACCUGUCGGAACUGUCAAACCGGUUAUGCCAUAAUCAUAACCAACCGCACAACCAGAUAAAGGGAGGUGGGGAGUGGUAGGAGGUGGUGCUAGAGAGUUGGACAGGACAUCCUCUUCAUUCUUUACACAGAUUUUGAGGAUUGAGGUGUUUUUUGUGUUCUUUAACACUGCUUUCAAUUUGGAUUGCGAAGCAUCUUUUGAACUAAGAAAACUAGAGGCAACCCAGGAAGAAGAAUACAGGACCAGGAAUGACAGUAAGCCUCAGAUUUACUGUAGAGGAAAGGAAGAGGAACAAAAUGAUAUACAAAGAAGUUCAUAGAUUUGCUUCAGGCUUCAUGCUGUAGGCUAUGGGAGGACUAUGGUAACAAACGAGUCAUAGAAACUCACUCAUACGACCACACAUUAUCAUUGACUCAGUGAAUAAGGUAAACCGUUUAAUAGUCACUGUGCUCUCUGCCACACAAAAUUAAUAUUGUAAAGACGUAGGUGAUAUAUAGAUAUACAUACAUUCACACAGGGACAAAUACAUAGACUUAAAGAACAUAAAGAACCAACACCCACACAAAUUCCCAGAGGCAGCCAUGAGGGUUGUAUUGGUGCUAGGAGGCCUAACUAUCCUGGUCUCUAUGGGCCUGGCCCUGAUCGUCUUUGGCCAGCCCCUGACAGAAGCCAAGCUGACCCUGCAGAACCUGCAUCUGGAUCAGAUGCAACAGGCUCACGUCAACCAACUCAAGGGGAGGCAGUGGCUGGAAAACUUGCUGAAGGGGCAGUUAGACUCGAAGAAGAAGAAUGUGGAGGAGAUGGAGGCAGAGGUGAAGAAACUGACCGAAGAGGAGGGGAAGAAGAAGACUGAGGUCGAGGCUUGCCAGGCAGACAAG